CACGCUGUGAAAAUUCCGUUAAACGAAUCUCAAAAGUGUUUUGUGCAGCUAGCAACAAGUCGUCAUCGCCACGCGUCACCGGCCCUACGCGAAGCCCUGCAAGUGCUAAGGGAGGCCUGGACCGAGCCGAGAGCCCUAAGGGAGCGGUGGCCAACGGACGAGUCGAGCUCGUGCGAGAACAAGAUGUGGAGCGACGCGGGGAGCCCUAGGGCUUCGCCCGGCCUGCUGCGCCGGAGAUACUCCAUGCCCGAGACUGUCAUGAGAAAAUAUCGUCUAGCUCAGCAGCGGUCUGAUGGUGAUGAGGGGAGAUCCAGUGCCUCCCCCGUGUCGUCCCCCGCGCGGGGUUGCGCCUGCUGCUUCCGGAGACGGGCAGACCCCAUGAGGAAGUCCGCUCUCCUCCGCUCCUGGGGCCGAGCGUCCCCAGCCAGAGUUUGCACAUGCGUAGGCACGAGAUCCCUAGAUGGGUCCCACACGGAGCUGCGAUCCAGGUGUUCCAGGCGCAUAGAAUCAGACACCUGCGAAUCCCACAGGCCCUCAUCUAGCUACGCAGAGAGAAGAGCGUCGCCCAUCGUCAUGCCUUCAACUGAUCGUUCGACGGACUCCUCCGAUACAUAUUCGACGUCCAUGCCCACGACCAAAGAGGUAAAGAAUCAGCUCUCCGUCGCAGAUCACAUCGACGGUCGGAUAAGCGAACGCUCCGCCAGCGCUGAGAACGAAAACAGCAAUGUACUACCGUACGACCGACCGCUUGUCUUAGAGAACCCGACGUACGAUGUACUAGAGGUAGUCGUCACAGAAACGAUUGACGCUCAUGCGACGAUGGCCGUGAAGAAUGGAACACCAGAGAAAACAGUGAAAAGUAUAACCAAAAAUGAUAGGAACCAAAUAGAUAUAGACGAGUACGUAUCGAAUAUUUUAGUGGAGAGCCUGAACUCUAUCACCGAUCAAUUAGAAUCGAUGAACGCGUCGAUAUGUAGCGAUAGGAGAUUGAGUAUCGUCGAAAAGGAGAUCAAGGUGAAACUACAGAAUACUGGAGUGAAUACUAUAGUCCACUUGAGUCCGACUUCCAAUAACCAGAUAAUAUUCGGUAACGAGGAGCUGUACGAUGUCGAUAGAUGUAAUCGUAACGAUACCUGCAGUAGUAAUAUUCACGAGGAACUUUAUGUGGAGACAAACAACAAUUUCACAUCAGCGGAGAGCUCAAGAGACGUUGAAAAUAAUGAUCCGCAUACUUCGAUGAAUGACCAUUUCAUUAACGCGACGCCGGAGAGCGUGAACAAAGCGGUGCUGCAGCAAAUACAGAAGCUAUUUCAGGAGGAUCUGAUAAGCAUUGAGCCAGAAAUGAAUUCGCCCAUCGGACCUCUACCUGGAAUUUCGCACAUAGAAAUAUCAAACGUCGACGUAUUCAUCGACAACAAUACUAACUCUAUAGACGUAAAUCCAGGGAGUUCCGAAAACGUGGAAGUUAUAGGCGGAAUUGGUACAGGGAACUAUUUUCCUGACCUCGAAAAUGAUCCCAUUGUGCCUCGAUUCUCCGCUUUUCCUCACACGGAAUCUAUGGAAGUAAACACAUCGUCUUCGGAGGACGCAGAGAUCUUCGGCUCGGAUUGUGCUAGUCUUGUUGAUAGUCUCGACGACCCCAACUCCCCGAGAUCGAUAUUGCUGCGUAAAUCGUACAGCAACCACAGAAGAAACGAGCUCGUCAGGUCGGCAAUAGACGUUUUAGACUUACUACCGGAAAAUCUGAGUCGCGAGCAGCAUUCUCCGAAAGAGAAAGGCGAAUCUUUCUUUAUUAAAAUCAAAGAUGACGAGUGCGAAUGCGAGGACAAGGAGAACGUGGUGGUAGCGGACUAUAUGCCGGAGGAGAUCAAGCAGAGACUGUACAGACGACACAGGAAAAGGGAGAUGAGAAUGGAGUGCGCCAGGCGAAGUAGAGUUAAACAGAUGAGAAGAGAUUGCAGAUCGAGCAGGGAAGAUUAUAAAUCGAGGAAAGAAGCAGAGAAAGAUUGUGUGGCUAUCGUAAACGCGCUGAUAGAUGAAGUUAUAGCCAAGAUAGCUCAAGACGAGUACAAGUGCUUGCGGAUAAAACAGAGAUCUAGCAAAUCAGUCCCGAAGCCAGAGGAAACGAAACGAAAAACGAAGAAGGACAGCGAAAAUAACAACCGACGGAGCACAAUAAGAAAUGGAUUAUCUCAAUCUUGCUCCAACGAUCUGGAUAAACAACAUCGAAAGACCGAAAAACCAGCUUCAAGGAAACCAUCAUCUUCGAGCACACCCGCAUCGCCCGAAAACAACAAACCAAAGAGAAUCUACCAAAAAUCCGAAUUCCACGACGGGAACAAGAGAAUCGAGAUACUGGAGAUACUGGAGUACGUCUCGCAGAGCUCAACAGAAACCACCUCAGACGAGAACCACAAUGCUGGCGUGAAGAAGAAAUCCCGGAUCCCCGUUCCCGUACCGGAGAAAGUUCAGAAGGCCAGGAGCAACGGAAACAGUCGCUCCCCGAAACUCUCGCGCGACAGCCAAGAAAAGUCGAGCUCGUCCGUUUCCAACGAUGAGGAUGCCUACGAGACGCCCGUUCGAAGAGCGUCGGUGCCGUGCGAGACGCGGUCCAGGUCAAAUUCCCUAAGAUUCAGAAACGUCUUCGACAUCAUACCCGAGGAGCGGAGCAGCCUGAGCCUGGAGUCGACCGACGACGGCCGUCGCGCGUCUGCUCCCAGCCUCAAUGAAAUCAAAGAGAAGAAAGAUAGGUCCAAGAACAUGAGAAGCACGGGCACGUCUCCUAUGCCCGACGUGUAUAGGAUAAGCGUCGGAGCGAUGACGUCCCCUAUACGUAAGUCGGCAGGGACCAGUCCGAUUAGGGUCGCCAGUGGUGCCAACGUGAAAAGACCGUCGAGAGAAGAAGGUAUCCGUUUUCCUCUGCCGCUGGUCACCGCACCGCUUCCACAGUACUCGUACGCGUCCAAUGAAGAAUGCUUUUAUUUAUCCGAAGGUUCCAAUGACAGAGAAAGAAAGAGAGAAGAGGAUUCUAUUCCAGCGAUAUUCCGCUUCAAGAGGGAGAAAAAGGAGCGCUCUCUUCCGAACUCUACGUCGGAGCACACGGAAGAGAAGCACGUUAGAGUGAGAGAUAGGGAGAAGGUGAAGAGGCGUGUGAAAGACAACACGUGUUUUGAGGAGUCCAGCUCGAGCGAGUCCAGUGGCAGCUUGCUGUGUGCGCUGGCGCCAGCGUGGUUGAACGCGCGGCGCAGACGGCGGAAAGCUUCUAAUGCCCCCGGCGAAUGGGCGGUGACAGUAGCGGGGUCCUGUGCUGCCGCGCUGCCCAACGACGUGGAGAUGCGCCUGCGCUUCCCCGACCCCUGCCGCCCCAGGCACGCGCACAACACGAGGCCUUUGGAGUGUGUGGAGUCUCGCGGACAGAGUCGCUGUCGUCGCGCCUCCGAGGACAACCGACUUACCUUUACUGUGAAGAAAGAAGCAUCAGAUUCUUCGAUUCUUGCGUCCAAGAGUGUGAAGAAGUCGAAUGAGCUUCUGCCAAACCUGGAGACCUUCAGGGCUUCCCGCAGCAAAACUAGAAGUUCCAUGAAGACGCGGGGUUGCUCCCUACACUGCUGGCUGCCGGCAGAGACGCCGCUCGCCAGGUCUCGUGACGGGCUGUCGGUGUCGGGCAGCGCGAUAGUGCCGGAGCGCAAGCCGCGCGCGACCACCAUGAGCGAGCGCGACCUCACGCGCCGCCCCCACUACAGACUGUAGAGCGCACGUGACAGCCCUAGAUUGAUAGGCCGUAUAGGCCACGGCUUAGGUAUGGCAGCGUCCUAAGGCCGGCA